GAGCAUAGGACGAUAAGCAACCUUCUCUUUACUAAUUAAUUAACUCUCAUUUUUUCAUUCUACCUUCUCAUUCUUUUUUUACUUGCUGUUCUUCUUCUUCUUCGGUUUCUUCCUUUUUUCCUCUUUCUUUUUCUUCUUAAUUCCUUUUUCUCAAGUUGCUCAUUGAGUGAUGCUGGCCCUCAAUGCACCACCUGGUCAGGGACCCGCGCAGCAGCCCUUUGUACACUAUCGCUGUCUAUGCUGCAGUCCAGGAACCAAACCCAAAUCUUCUACGUCUUCUGAGCCUGCAGAAACAACGCCACAUGAGACCACCAAGGACAAGGACCAACAACAACGGGAAGAAGGAAGAGAAGAAGAAGAAGAAGAAGAAGAAGGAAAGAAGGAAAAGGAUGUGCAACAGGAUAGUUCUACAGCACUCAUCUCCAUUACAAAAACCUCGGAAGCAAGUCAUCCAACAGACGAGCCUACAACAGGAGGCCUUCCUCGUAAGGUCAUGGAAGAGAUCUUUGCCUCGGGUAACACGUCAGACUUGCAUGGUUCUCAGCCAUUGUCGCGUCUCUACUUUUGUGACUCAUGCGAUGAGAUUCGUUGUUCAAAGUGUUCUCAGGACGAGAUUGUUUGUUACUUUUGUCCAAAUUGUCUCUUUGAUGUCCCCACUGCCAGUGUCAAAUUGGAAAAACACAAAUGCUCACGCAAUUGUUUCGAGUGUCCCAUAUGUCAGAAUACCCUCUCUGUUGUCUCAGAGGACCCCGACGCAGGUCAGUUUGCAGCAGUUCCUCCCGCCUACGGACAAUUCUACCUCCUUUGCCACAUAUGCCACUGGAAUUCUCAGUCCAUCAACAUGACCUUUGAAAAGCCCACUGGACUCGCUGCUCAAUUACAAAAGGCAGAUGAAACAUCACCAGAUAUCAUGGAGUUUGGUCGACUCAAGGAUCAUCUGGAAAAGCACUUUCGAAAUAGUGCCAAGCCCAGCAGUAGUCUCCACUCUUCACUUCUGUCUUCUAUCCAAACUGGAUCUUUACGCUAUGUCAGCUCAACUGCUUCCUCUACUUCAUCCAACAUCGGCGGCCUUAGUCAUCGUAGGGGCGGUGGUGACGAUUUUGCCCAUUAUACACCCGCAGUUCAAGUCAUGGAUGAUACUGAGAAUUUAGAUACACUCAUGUCCGUCAUCAACCUGAAUCAGAUUACGACCAUGAAACAACGAUUGAGAGAGUUGCAUAAACAACCUUAUUCUCCAGAGCGUCUACAACCCAAGAGGAUACACCUGCGGAUCAAAAAAUCUAGGAGAUGUCGAACUUGUGGUCAUAUUCUUGUUAAUCCUGAGCAGAAGGCUCAAUCCAUUCGGUUCAAGAUCAAACUCAUUGCUCUAAACCAAAUUCCAAAUAUCACCAUUGCCAAUGUCCAACCUAUGAUCGUCCAGACCCUCUCCCGCGUCAUCCUUCGUUUCACUAACCCUCGACACGAGGAGGUUCAGGUAUCAGUUCGGUACGGCGACGGAGCUCAACCCCAUCAUGGAGUCCACAUUCACUCGCCUACGUUCAGUAUUUUACCCUAUAAUGAAGUUUGGGAAUACGAAGUCGGAACCAUCGCAGCUGCACCAGGAUCUGUGCAAGAGAAUGUUUAUGAAAAGACCGCUAAUUCUACCAGUAUUGUUUUGGACAUUACACCCGUCGCUGCAGGAGAAGUCAAAAUUCCUCUAUUUGUCUCGUUCACGUUCAAGACCAAGGUCAGGUCUGAGACUGGAUCACCUUCAUUAACUUCAACACAACUUGUUGUGAGUGGCGCCAGUGCGAAGGAUAUUCCAGCAUCCGACGCGGAUUUCGUUGAGAAAACGGUCGCUUUCUGGACCAUCAUUGGUUUUGGUGAUGCUCUUCCUACAUUGGCCACAUAACAAUCUCUCCUCCUCCUCUUUAUCCGCCAUCCUGGUUCUUGACAUCGAAAAUAAACCAAGAAAGAAAAAAAAUACGAAG